AUGUCAGUGGAACAAACCCUCUACUGCCGCGAUCAAGAAGCGAUGACAGAUCCCACCGGGGCCGGCCCAGCUGGCUUCACCGCGGUGGCCGCUUUCCCACAGUCCGACUUGUUGGCUUUCUCGCUCCCGGAAGAAGAACCGAUCUGGGGCUUCGACACCAUCGCGCCGGCCAUGGCCUCGUGGCAAGGCAAGAUGGAGCAACAGACCUUUUGCAACCCCAGUAUGGAGAGGGGCUUUAAGAACACUCACGUCCGCAACGGACAGCCAACGCCGCCUCCCUUCGAUGACAAGAAACUGCAGCCCCCCAUGGCAGAGACGUACCCUCUGGCACCAUAUGUCUUCACCGGCUCCCCGCCCGAAUUUGCCCCCCCGAAACCCCGCAGCAGCCUCACCGACCUGGAUGAGCCACUGCAGGACCGGGUGAAACGGGAAAAGUUCUUGGAACGGAAUCGGUUGGCAGCCAGCAAGUGUCGACAGAAGAAAAAGGAACACACAAAGCUCCUGGAGACCCGGUACCGCGAGGUAUCCAGCAGGAAAGGCGAGCUCGAGACUGAAAUCGAACACCUGCGCAGCGAAGUGCUCAACCUCAAGAACGAGAUGCUGCGGCAUGCGCAAUGUGGAGACGAGGCCAUCAAGCUCCACCUCGCCCAGAUGGUCCGGAUGAUCACCUCCAAGGACACCCCCAAUCGCGAUCUAGUUUCCCCCAGACAGUCCCCUGAACAGAACACUGCGGCCACUCCUCACGGGCUGUCAUUCGGGUUCGACGGCCCCAUGCAGCUGCCCUCCGAGAUGGGGUCGCCGUUGGAUCAGCGACGAGCGUCCGAGCAGUCCAUUAUGACUGAGUCGUCCUACGCAUUCUCCACGGAUGACAGUUUUGAAGAGCUAAUUAAUGUUUAA